UGAAGAAUAACCUAGUCUGCUCAAAUUUCGCAGAGCUCUGUCAUAACACUGACUAGGUUGCAAACCGUUAAGCCUCACUCAGAGCUCACCGACCUCUAGAUGCUCCUUGACUAGAUCUCCCCUGCGAUUGGCCAUUUCUCCAUACUCCGUACCGAAGAGAAAAAAGUGUUCCGGCGGUGCUGGUUGUUACACUAGCGUCCAUUGGGCUGAUCCUCUUAACUCCACCAAACCUUUCUGUUGCUUUUGGACUUCUAAGGUCCUCCUCUUAGGCUUGUUCUGGACCAUCUUCUGGACCAUCUUCUGUGAUUUGCGCCUGUCCAGUUACAGCAAAACUUCCUCUUCCUUCAUACCUAUCGCCUAUCAUGGCUGACGACGAACGCCGUGCCAAACGCUCUCGCUUCGAUCAGACGGAGCCUGAGCCGCGACGAGCUUCACGAUUUGACCGUCGCUCUCGGUCUCCUUCUUCGCGACAGCCAGAAUCCACUCGCACCCGCAGUCCUCUCAGUCGUGAACCCUUCAGCCCUGGCGCCGACGAUUCGAGGAAAUCAGGCUCUGUAGAUCCCGCAGCUGCAGCAGCUGCUGCAGCGGCCAAGAUCAACGCCCAGUUGCAAGCCAAGAAAGGAAUUCAGCACGUCGAUGUCCCUCCCAUACGUUCGACUGUCAGUCCCGCACCGAAUGCCGCUUCGCCCUCCUCCGCCUCGGACUCGAAGAAGUUGAAUCCCGAAAUCUACGUUGCUGACGGCGAUUACAUCAAAGACAUUGAAAUCAAUGACUUGCGCAACCGCUACACGUUGACCAAGGGUUCCACCCAAAAGAUGAUUAAAGACCAAACUGGCGCCGAUGUCACUACCCGAGGAAGCUAUUACCCCGACAAGAGCAUGGCCACUGCCGCGAACCCACCCCUGUACCUCCACGUAACGAGCACGAGCAAAGAAGGCCUCGAAAAGGCUGUGGCCCUGAUCGACGACCUGAUGCAGAAGGAGCUACCGAAUCUCGUUGACGAGAGACGAUUCCGCCGGCGCGAGCCAGAUCCAGUUGAGCGUGAUGAAUACGGCCGUCGUAAAUGGCCCGAGGAACGGAUUCCGGUUGAUCUGGAACCGAUCCCUGGAUUCAAUCUCCGAGCCCAAGUUGUCGGACAAGGCGGUGCAUAUGUGAAGCACAUUCAACAGAAGACUCGUUGCAAGGUGCAGAUCAAGGGUCGUGGCUCCGGUUUCUUGGAACCAAGCACCGGCAGGGAAAGUGAUGAGCCCAUGUUCUUGCACGUAGCUGGCCCCGACCCAAACGAUGUCCAGGCUGCCAAGGAACUCUGUGAGGAUCUUCUCGCCAAUGUCAGGGAACAAUAUCAGCGCUUCAAGGAGAAUCCGCCUCAGCACAGCUACGGCGGAUAUGGUCAACGCGGCGGUGAUCGUUACUAUGGAGGCGGUUACGGCGCUGGUUACUCUAGCCAGCAUAACCAGCAACACUCCAACUCGCCCUCUGCCACGGCUAGUCCUGCACAGGCUGUGUCAGGAACGUCGGGUGCCGCUGGUGCCGGAAGCCCGGCUGACUAUAGCGCACAGUACGCGCAAUAUUACGGAGCUGACCCCUAUGCGGCCUACGGUGGCUACCAGAACUACGUAGCAUACUACCAGUACUACCAACAGGCGGCCCAACAACAGCAGCAACAGCAGUCUUCCCAGUCCCAGAGUCCUGCCCCUCCACCACCACCUCCAGCUAGCGAGGCCCCACCCCCGCCACCUCCUGGCUCUGGCUCUCCCCCUCCGCCGCCUCCUGGCGGUGGCACCUACAGUGCUGUUCCACCACCUCCCGGUCUUUAGAAAUGUUAUGUCAUGGUUCCCAAGGACAUUCGCCUGGCAUAACGGAGCAGUGACAGUUGAGUCGAACGCUCGAAGGGAAAAUCCUUUAUUUUAUGGGUCGAGCUGAUUGUCGAAGAAUAAUUUUCAAAGUUCCCAUCGCGUUUCUUAAAUAAUGUCUUUUGGCAGUCAAUUAAUUGAGUGUGGUUGGCCUUCGGGACUUGUAGAUUAUUACUGGGAUUUUGUCAAUCUAUGCUCAAUCCCAGACCUCGGUUGGAGAUCCGCAACAUGCUGAUUAGUUGAUAGCAAACUUCUAAGACUCUGGUAUUUUAUGAGAAAACAAAAGACCUGUCAAAGAACAGCUU